AACGGGGCACACAUGGAUUGUAGAAACAGAAAUAGUUCUCCGACCUGGUGUUUAGCCCUUGCCAAUGACCUGAAUUUUGAUAACACGCCACCCAUAGUUUGAGAGUUGGGACGCCAGAAUGAAGAGGAUAAUAUCUGUUAUUAUCUUGUCGGUUCUGCAUCUCGUCCAAGGCAAGGUUUCAGAUGAUACCUUCCUUCUUGGAAAAUUCCCAGAUGACUUUGCGCUGGGCGUAGCUACUUCCGCCUACCAGAUAGAGGGCGCCUGGAAUGCAGACGGUAAAGGAGAGAGCAUAUGGGACGUGUACAGUCACGUGAAAGGGAACAUCGCCGACGGUAGCAACGGUGACAUCGCCGGUGACGACUACCAUAAGUACAAGGAAGACGUGCAGUUGUUGCGGGAGCUGGGGGUGUCUCAUUACCGUUUCUCCAUUGCGUGGACUCGUGUCAUGCCUGAUGGAACCAACAACAACAUCAACGAGAAAGGCAUCCAACACUACCUCGAUGUCCUGAAUGAACUGAAGAAGUACAAUAUCACUCCGCUGGUGACACUUUACCACUGGGACCUUCCACAAGGUUUGAUGGAUUACGGCGGUUGGCAAAAUAGUUCCCUCAUACAGCAUUUCAACAACUAUGCUGACCUGUGCUACAAACGGUUUGGUCAUUUGGUCAAACACUGGAUCACGUUCAACGAGCCCUUCGUGGUGUCCUGGAUAGGCUACGAAAAUGGCGGCAUGGCACCCGGCAUCAAGGACAACACGAUCGUAUACAAGGUGGCCCACAACAUCAUCAAGGCCCACGUGGAGGCUUACCAUACUUACAACGACACAUACAGGGCCACACAGCACGGCAAGGUGGGAAUGACUAUUGACACUGAGUGGAAGCAGGCUAAGACUGACAGCCAGGCCGACAAAGAUGCUGCCAAGCUAGUGAUGGAUUUCCGUCUCGGGUGGUUCGCCAACCCCAUUGUGUUCGGAGACUACCCAGCCAUCAUGAGGACGACGGUGGACAAGAAGAGCAAGCUGCAAGGCUUCAGCACGUCCAGGUUGCCCACGUUUACUGACGAUGAGAAGAAGAGAAAUAAGGGUGCCUCGGACUUCCUUGGCAUCAACCACUACACAACACAGCUGAUCACAUCCAAACCCGACAACGACCUCACGCCCGGAUACUUCAGAGACCAGGAUGUUGAAUUCACAUUUAAUCCACAAUGGCCAGGUAACGACCAGAAGACAGCUUGGCGAAUGGUACCUUGGGGCAUUCGGCGAUUGCUGAACUACGUCAAAGACACCUACAACAACAUCGACGUCUACAUCACCGAGAACGGCAAAGGGGACUGUGGAUCUAUGGAAGACCAGGCCCGCAUCGACUACAUCAGGGACUACUGCAACAACGUCCUCAAAGCGAUCGAUGACGGGGUCCACGUCAAGGGUUAUUUUGUGUGGACGCUGAUAGACACGUUUGAAUGGAGUGGAGGCUACCAGACCAAGAUGGGCUUCUACUACGUGGACUUCAGCCGCCCAGACAGACCGAGGUACCCCCGGAGGUCAGUGAAGCUGUACCAGAUGAUAAACAAGGAGAGGGGGUUCACCAAGGACAUCCAGAACUACAGAGCAUAUCCAGCUGACCGAGACACAUUUGUCUAUGACCACUUCCCUGACAACUUCCUGUGGGGCGUCUCUACAUCUUCUUACCAAAUAGAGGGAGGCUGGAAUGAAGACGGAAAGGGGGAGAGUAUAUGGGACAGAUUCGUGCACAUCAAAGGCAACAUUGCCAAUGACGAUACUGGAGACGUUGCCUGCGACAGCUACCACAAAUAUAAAGAUGACGUUCGCAUGCUGAAAGAGUUAGGUGUGAAUUUUUACCGGUUUUCUAUUUCAUGGAGUCGAAUUUUGCCUGACGGGACACCAAAAUCAUUAAACAGCAAAGGCCUUGCGUACUACGACAACCUUAUUAAUGAGCUCUUGGCCAACAACAUCAUGCCAUUUGUUACUCUCUACCACUGGGACCUGCCACAAGCACUCCAGGACAAGGGUGGCUGGAUGAACGAGGCUAGCGUUGAUUGGUUCACUGAGUACAGCCGGGUCAUGUUCCACUACUUCGGGGACAAGGUGAAGCACUGGAUCACGUUUAAUGAAGUCUACUCCAUCUCCUGGCUGGGGGAUGGCCUGGGGAUAUUUGCUCCUGGUAUCAAGGAUCCCGGUGUUGCAGUGUACCAGGUGGCCCACAACAUCAUCAAGGCUCACGUGAAGACCUACAGGUUGUAUGACAAGGUCUUCAGACCAAGACAGCAUGGUUUUGUUGGUAUUUCGCUGGACAUUGAGUGGAAGGAGCCUUUGACCUCAAGCUCGGCUGAUUUGGAGGCCUCACACAGGGCUUUUCAGUUCAAACUGGGCUGGUUGGCUAACGCCAUCUUUGGCAACGGCGACUACCCGGAAGUGAUGAAGCGCUACAUCGACCGCCGAUCUCGCCAGGAGGGGCGUAGACAUUCCCGACUUCCGGUCUUCAGUGCUGAGGAGAAGAAAAACAACAAAGGGUCCUACGACUUCAUGGGUAUCAACCACUACACCACCGACCUGAUAUCCAACAACCCAUCUCCCAGCACCACAGCCGACUACGGGGAGGAUCCGGAAGUAGAGUUCAGGAAGGACAUGUGCUGGCCCAAAACGACUGCUGAUUGGCUGAGAAUUAAUCCAUGGGGCAUCAGGAACGUGCUGAAAUUCGUCAAGAAUUACUAUGGCGACUUUCCCAUCUUCAUCACUGAGAGUGGCUCUGCCGACACUGGCGGCUUGGUGGACGACCAGAGGAUCCAGUACUACAAGUCCUACACCAACGAAAUCCUCAAAGCCAUCCUGUGGGACAAGGUAAAUGUCGCUGGAUACACGGCCUGGGCGUUGAUGGACAACUUCGAGUGGGCCAGCGGAUACACUCAAAAGUUCGGUAUAUAUUCAGUAAACUUUACGGACCCGGCAAGAACCCGGACGCCGAAGAAAUCAGCAUCAUACAUUAAGAACCUGAUCAAGGAAAACGGUUAUGUAAAGAACUGAAAACUUUCAAUAAAUCAAUUUCCCUCUGUAUGAAACAAGAAUAAAGAAACAAAAAUAAAUAUUUACAUGGUAUAAAGUAACCCGGACACUGCCUGAUGCAAUCGUCUUGGUUAACAAAUAUCGCCUUUGGCCAUUUAAUCAGAAAUACUCAUUAACAUCUCGUAAGUAUAGUGGUGUUCAACUGUUAAACCCAGUGUGACACUUUGACCUCAGAUAACGCGACCACUAGGCACGCAAGAUGGUCUGCAAAAUAUAGGGUCUUGGGCCCAAACGCAACUGUUUGGCUCCCCAUUUUGGAGAACAAGAGUUGCAUCAUGAAGCACAACCUGAAACCUUUUCUAUCUUAAACAUAGGUUUUUGACAAGUAAGAUCAAACAGAUGUUUGAAAAUACGAAAGCGGGGAUAAAA